CUUUUGAUAUUAACCGGUACAAAUCUAGGAGAAAAAAAUAAUUUAAAUUCAACGAAAGUGCUUAAAAGUCAAUAAUGAAAUACAUGUAGAUUUAAAAUGUAUUUCGUUACUAAGUUUGACUAAAGUUAUUAAUGAACUUCUUAGCCCAUGUAGGUAUAUAAAAAUAAUUAACUUGGAGACUAGCCAUUGUUUAUGUCGUCAUAAAUAACAACACUAGGUUAGGACGGAGACAGUUUACCUCACUACAGUAAACUUGUGAUGCGGAUAAGGUUGAGUAAUGAAAUGAUUUAUACUUUAUCUGACGGGAAGACAACCUAGUCAACGUAAAAAUCAUAUUUUAUUAUUAAUAAAACCAUUGUUGGAUAUAGACAAAAAGUGAUAUUUGUCAGGUGGGGAACUUUCUAUUUGCUCAGAUAAAGCAUACAUUACUUGAUCAAAGCGUUUGAAUAAAGCUAAGUGAACUGAAAAAUGUUUCAAAAAAAUCCAAAAGAAAAGUCAUCUGACACAGUCGAUAUGGCAUUUGGAAAACCAAGAAGACGAAGUUCGAGCGUAUCAAUAUACAAACCCGAUAAAAUGACAAGCCCUGUCGUUCGACAAAGACGUAGAAGCUCAAGUAUCACAGUGCAAGCUAAAUUGUCCGCUGAGGGUGCGCCAAGUCCACUGUCAGGGGCAAAUAAAAGGCGUGGCAGUAAUGUAUCCUUGUCUGCAGAUGGUUUGUCGAAUCCCAAUGGGUCGGGGUAUCGAAGACGAAGUUCUAGUAUGUCUCUUCACGACUUAACGAAAAACGUUCAUAAUAUUGAACAGCUUCAAAUGUUACAUGCUGUAUAUCAAGAUGACACGGAUCAGGUUUGGGAAUUACUCAGUUCUGGUUCUGAUCCCAAUCUUAUCGGAAGUGAAGGGUCGCCAUUAUUGCAUAUAGCUGUUGAAAGCGGAAAUGAAGAAAUGGUGAAAGUUUUGCUCAGUUCUGAGAAAUGUAAAGUUGAUAUUGAGGAUGUGUUUGGUCAAACACCGAUGAUGAAAGCCACAAUAUUUGAUGACGUUUCUAUCAUGAAGAUUCUACACAAAGCAGGAGCCAAUUUAGACAGUGUGGAUAAAACAGGGAAAACUGCAUUACUGUCGUGCUUAAUAGACGGGAAGUCCCAGGCUGCAAGAUAUUUAAUUAAACAUGGAUGUGACGUCAAUAUUGUAGAUGAUUUUGGCCAAAGUGCACUUUACCAGACGAUAAAUAACAAACAACCUAACUGUGUGAAAACUGUGCAGCGAUUAAUGAAAGCAGGGUAUAAACUUGACAAAGACAAGAAAUGGAUGGAGGAAGACGGCUUUGAUAUCAGAAUUAUCCAUACGAGAGGAUUAUGUAGAAAACUUUUGGGGAAAUUUAGAAGUAGAAUGAACAAAAUCAAAUCGGACAGGUCUGCAUCUUCCGGGGUUCGUCGACGUAUUCUGACAAUAUAUGAUUGACAUUUUUGUGUAAUUUUAUGUUUAUUUGACCGACAUAAAUGUGUAAUUUUUAUGCAUAUUUAUGAUUUAAUGGACAUGUUUUUCCCCAAGACAUCUUUUGGAUAUCAUUGAUAUUUGUUUUGUAUUUUUACACUGUAUCUUCCUAACUUGUUAAGAGAUCUAAGUUCUACUUCUAAGUUUUUAUAAUUUUGCUUUUCUCUAAUAAACAUCAGCUUAUUUUCAUCAUUAGUAUUAUUUCAGAGCAACACGGACCUUUCAAUCUUUUUCGCGGUAUAAUACUUCUUUUAUCAAAGUUAGUAAUUUUGAUACUAGAAUUUUGAAACUAGGUUGAAUCAAAUUAUCACGAAGUAAGUCAAAGGCAAUCAACUUAAAUGCACUUUUAUGCACUUUUGUUCGCCAUUACUUUGAGCAAACAAGUUCCCGUAAAAUUAAGACUUAACUUAGACUUUGAUCAAUGUAGACGAAAAACGUGGACAAAUAAAAAUAAUAAAAUCCAUGAUAAAACUAAACUUUGAAUAUACGAACCGCUUUUAGUUUUUGAUGACGCUUACUAUUUAGUAAAUAUAAAACUUUGAAUAAUUAUACGAACUGCUUUUGAUUUUAAAAUCUUUAUAGCUCCGCUCAUAUAUCUGAAUGCUGUGAUAAUUAAUUGUCAUACAUGUACAUGAUGUUACUAUAAUACUUGUCAUGGGCGAAUUUGAAGUUACAUGUUAGUCAUAUUAUAUUUGUAUUUGUUGACUGAUUGUAUUUAUCUACAGAAUUAAUAUUUAUAAUCUAGAUAUUUGUCACAUUUCUACAAUUUAAAAAGUUUGUUACAACAAUUCUUUAAAUGUGAAGUAAAAAUACAUACAGAACCCGUCAUUUUGUUCACUCUAAAAAUAGUAUAUCACAUUGCUAUUUCGUUUCGUAUUACAUAUGCUAUAGUUGAUGGUAAUGUGUUUUUUAAGAGAAAUAGAAUUGAUUUCGCCGACGCCAAAUGCCAUAGAGCUGAUUUGUUAAAUAAUAACGCUAUUGGAGUAUGUUCCAAUUUAUCUGGUCACCAUAAUUUUAUCUGAAUCCUGCAUUUUAAAACUAUAAAUACAGGCCCGUGAGUGUUUUUUAAGAGAAAUAUAAUUGAUUUCGCCGACGCCAAAUGCCAUAGAGCUGAUUUGUUAAAUAAUAACGCUAUUGGAGUAUGUUCCAAUUAAUCUGGUCACCAUAACUUUAUCUGAAUCCUGCAUUUUAAAACUAUAAAUACAGGCCCGUGAGUGUUUUUUUAAGAGAAAUAUAAUUGAUUUCGCUGACGCCAAAUGCCAUAGAGCUGAUUUGUUAAAUAAUAACGCUAUUGGAGUAUGUUCCAAUUAAUCUGGUCACCAUAAUUUUAUCUGAAUCCUGCAUUUUAAAACUAUAAAUACAGGCCCGUGAGUGUAUCAAAUUAACGUAUUGGCUAUCAUUUGAGCUGUCUCAGAAAGAAAUCGACCUUGUGCAAGUGCACGUAUCAUAUUGAUUGAUUUAAGAGCAUUCAAAUAUGAAAUAAAACAUUAUAUGUUUGUAAAGGUGUAACUUUAUUUUCAAAUAGCAACAGCUCAAAGAUUUUUGCAACUGACAAAAAGUUAACUGAAGUUUUGAUAUAUAUUUGCAUGAGAUCGAAUAUUAUCCGACGCAGCUCAUUAAAUGAAUAUGCAUAUAACAUAUAUCGCAAUAACAGCUAAAGCUUUUAUACAUGUUUUAAUAUCAAUUAUAAAAAGUACAGUCUGUAUUUGAGACAAUGUAUAUUCAAUUCACAUGUGUCACUUUCUAAAUAAAGGAAGCAGCCACCAUUCAAUCUUUACAAACACUUGUUUAAGCAUAUUUCUACGUAAAUGUUGCAUAUGUUUAAUAAAUUUCAACUUUUUUUGGCACAAAUGACAGACAUGACAGAAGCCAUCAAUGAUCGUACUGGGAUAGGUCUGACUGUAGUCAUAAAAUAUUGUUUUUUAAGAAAUUUAGUUCAAAUGUUUAACAAAAUUAAAAGAAAUGUUUUAUAAAGAAAUUAUAGAUAGAAAUAGCUGAAACCUAAGUGCCUCGAAACUAUAAUACCAUAUACAAUUGGUUGAUUGCAUAACUUUUUCGGUUAAAAGGUAAAAACGUGAUUGUGUGUUAAAUUCAGUGGUAUACCUUUUCAAAUAUAUGUGUUUUUAAUUAUAUGUCGUUAUAACUGAUUUUUUACCUCAACUUGUUUUUUUUAUUUUUCCUCAUCAUCUAAUAUAAGUUUUGGCUUUUACGAGAGAACAAAUACAGUAUUAUAUUAAA